AUGAGGGAAGCCAACUUUAGCAUACCCAAUGUCAACAAGGCAUCCGUGGGCAUCACCACGGCCUUGUAUGACCGACGGGCCCUCGACUGCACCUCGACCCUCCCGUUGAUCAACUCUCUCAACCAUCUCGCCUACCUCACCACAUCUUCGGCUAGAAUCCGCGACAUCCUUACCGUCGAUGGCGGCAUUGAAAGGCUGGUCUGCAUCCUGAAAGAGGGGCGGAGCAAGGAUAUGAUGGAUAUGUGGAAGUGGAAUCUGGCUUUCCAAUGUGUCGUCAACAUCGGAGUUAGGGGCACUGAGGCCGUCCGGACCCGUGUCGUGGAGGCCGACAUGGUUCCGGUCAUAGCGACUAUUCUCGACAACUACAUCAAGGUCAUUGAGAAGGUCCGGGAAAAGGCAGAGGAAGCCAAGCAAAAGGACCAUCACCGCCACCGGAUAGGCGGGAGCAGUCGCGUGCACAAAUCAUCCAGCUUUUCCUCCCGAUCGGGGACACUGGAUGUGGACCAACGGACUUUCCGCAGGCAAGCGCCUCCCCCAUCCAUCGAUGUGUCUGCGGCCCUGGCCGGGCCGUCCACGGGGGUGGUUCAUUCUAAUGCCGACCCGACACCCACCGCUCCCCAAUUCCAGGUGACGCCUCCCGCCGACCGCGCUCCCUUGACCGCCCACCGCCACCACCGUCAUCGCGUUGCCUCUCCGGGGCCUCAGACCGCGCCGCUCGCCCCGAUUGUCCCGUCUAUGGAUGCUGCCGACGGCUUCGCUAGGCCCAUCAGAGACGCCGACCGUCUCGGCAGCAUGCUUCCGUUUUCCCGAUCCGCCAUCACCUCCCAGCCAGCUUCUCCUACAACUCCCCUCCCGCCCCCACAAAUUCGGUCUCCGACCGUGCGGCCCACCUCCAUGCUGGCUGCGACGGCUCGGUCUAGGAGGAGACCUUCAAUUCGCCAUCAACACUCGACGGCCGCCGAGCCCGAUGAUAUGAAUGCGGAGAGCAUCACCUCGGAAGACUCGCCAGACGCCGAGAUGUCCGGCACGAACGACAUGCAACCCGAGGUCAACGUCCAGGAUGUCGCGGUGGAAGAUGGAGACAGCAUCAUGGCAGGCGGGGCCAUUGACCUAACAACUCCAACCGCGUCCGAGGCCCAGGACACUGGCACUUUCAACAUCACACACCAGGGCCCGGUCGACGGCAGUGUUCCCACGAACACUACCCCGACGCCUGUGCCAAACAUUGGCUUGUCCCCAAACAGACCAACCCUGGUGACCCCGCCACAGCCAGCUAUGCCGAAUGCGAGCGUACCACGCUAUCUCCUCGAUCGCCAAGUCAGCCGUAACCCGCAAGUGCUUGCCGCUAUGCCGCGGGAAGAAGACGUCUUGAUGUCUUUACAACUUCUUGCAUACGUUUCCAAAUACUGCAACUUAAGGAAAUAUUUUCAGAGGAGCCAUCUCGUCCCCAAGCUCAAGAUUGGGAAAGAGAUCCAGCUUUUGGAUGGCGCCGACCCUGCCGCCCUGGAGGCCGAACUGGAGCAGGACGACGAAGCCCUCGAGGAGGAGUACUGCCUACCCAACGACUUAAACAUCUUCCCGCUGGUGGAGAAGUUCACUGUCAGGUAUCACAGCACCGACAUGCAAUAUUGGGCGGGGGUGGUUAUGAGGAACCUGUGCCGCAAGGACGACACGCGGGGGGGGAUCCGGCAGUGCGCCUACUACCAAUGUGGCAAGUGGGAGGAGUUCACCCGCCAGUUCGCAAAGUGCCGCCGCUGCCGCCGAACCAAGUACUGCAGCAAGGAGUGCCAGAAGAGCGCCUGGGCGUUCCAUCGCCACUGGUGCAUCGCCGCCACGCAAUGA